GGCCAAGCAGGACCCAAAGGUGAACGUGGACCCCCAGGACCCCCUGGACACCCGGGCCCCCCCGGGGAGGUGAUCCAGCCCCUGCCGAUCCAGCUGCCCAAGAAGAGCAAGCGCUCCAUAGACGCCAGCAAGCUGGUGGAUGAGGAGGGAGGGCGAGGAUGGAGAGAGAGCGGGCUGCCGACCAGGCGGCUCGCGAUUACGCCGACGGCAUGGAGGAGAUCUUCGGCUCCCUCAACUCCCUCAAGCAGGAGAUCGAGGGGCUGCGGCGCCCGAUGGGCACCCGGGACAACCCUGCCCGCACCUGCCAGGACCUGCAGCUCAGCCACCCGGGCCUGCCUGACGGUGAGUACUGGAUUGACCCCAACCAGGGCUGCGCUCGAGACUCUUUCAAGGUUUACUGCAACUUCACAGCGGGCGGGGAGACCUGUGUCUUUCCCAGCAAGGAUGUACAGGAGGUGAAGAUGUCGGCGUGGGAAGAGGAGGCGCCCCAGCAGUGGUUCAGUCAGUUCCAGGAGGGCAGCAGGUUCUCCUACAUGGACUCGGAGAGCCAGCCCCUUGGCGUGGUGCAGCUGACCUUCCUACGGCUCCUCAGCGUCUCUGCCCGCCAGAACUUCACCUACCACUGCCACCGCUCGGUGGCCUGGCACAGCACCAUCUCCGGGGACCACCAGCAUGCCCUCCGCUUCCUGGCUGCCAACGAGGAGGAGAUCAGCUACGACACCAGCCCCUACAUCAAAGCUGUGAUGGAUGGCUGCUCGGCACGAAAGGGCUCCAGCCGGACGGUGCUAGAGGUGAGCACGCCCCGCCUGGAGCAGCUCCCGCUGCUGGAUGUACGCGUCAUGGACUUCGGCGAGCCCGGCCAGAGGUUCGGGUUCGAGGUGGGCCCAGUCUGUUUCCUCGGCUAGGACCAAACCGUUACCCUCCCUGCCACACCCUGGCCUCCAGUGGGGCAAACCUUGCCUCCUUGCAUCCCCCCACCGCCUUCCGAGCAGCGAAGCAGCAGGUCCCGCCUCGCCCUCGCAUCAUGUCACCCACCCGCUGCUGCGAGGAGCCGAGGUGCCAACCCUGCCACAAGCACCGAGACCGACACGCCGCCGCUGCCACCCCCAUGGGGUCCAGGGUCUGGAGAGAUGCCAAAGAGACUUUAACGCUUAGAAUAAAUCUAUAUUUUAAUAUGUAGAGAGACAGAGAGGAAAAUUUUUAACAGAUCCACUGGCUACCUCCCUCGGUGCCCAGCAGUGCUCCCUUCCUCCCAGUAUCUUCCUCUGAAUCCCACUGCUCUUUCCCAGCAUUCCCAGGGCUUAUUUUCCAUGCUCCCCCACAGGCCCCACCGCCCCAGGGGGAACCCCUCGAGGAGCACACCCAUCAAGCAGAGGGAACAGUACUCAGGUUUGCUCUCUGCCUGGAGAGCCGGAGGGUUUUAAAGCCUAACGUGGCGAGCAAGCCUGGGAUGACGCUGGCAGGCUGGUCAAGCACUGCUAGCACGUGUUUGGGAUUAGCACCGAGAGAGCUCUCGUACCUCUCUGCGUGUGUGGAUUCGCACCACGGCAACCCUCGUGCUUCAAAGCCGGUCUCUCGGGGUCAGAAGGGAAUGGACCCAGGGACGCAUCCUCUUCCCAGGAGCGUUACCCUCUUUGUAUGCAACCCCACAGCAACAGUCACUGUCCACCCCUGACAAUGCACCGACCUACCUGGGCUCUGUAGUCUUGCCCAGCCUGACUCAUAUAGGUGGAGUGGCCACUUGACUUUGCUACUCUGCUAAUCAAGGCUAAUUAAUUUGAAAAAAGCUUGCCUCUCCCAUCAAGGUGCUACUUCUCUUCCCCGCUGCACCCAUUAGCUCAAAAGGGUUCCAGUCCCUGUCCUCAGUCCUACCUCCAGUCAUUGCAAAUCACCCCUCUUACAAAGGGCGUGUUUAAAAAGCCUCCGACAAAGCCUAUCCCUAGCCCGUGGAAGGAAGUAAGGAAGAAGGACGUUGUGUUUUUACUGUGUUUUUUAUUUUUUAAAUUAAUUAUAUUAUUUAAAGGAGUGGAUACAA